AUGGCAUAUUUCUCUCGCGCUCAGAUCCUCGGGACCACGUUCGAAACCACCAGCCGGCAAGUCGUGGUUCCGCAUCCACUCUUGACAUAUGCGGACCUCCAGCCUGUCGGCCUCGGAGCCUUUGGGCUAGUUUGCUCCGCACAUGACUCGAUUACUCGCCAAGCGGUGGCUAUCAAGAAGAUGAUGAAGCCGUUCGCCAAUUCCACCAUCGCGAAGCGUACCUACCGAGAGGUCAAGCUGCUCAAACACUUGCACCACGAGAAUCUCAUUGGUCUGAGUGAUAUCUUUAUCUCGCCUUCAGAGGACAUAUAUCUGGUGACGGAACUUCUGGGGACCGAUCUGCAUCGUAUUCUUACUGCAACACCCCUCGAGGGCAAGUUCGUGCAGUAUUUUGCAUAUCAACUUCUGCGAGGCUUGAAAUACAUUCACUCGGCAGGCGUGAUUCACCGCGAUCUCAAGCCGAGUAACAUCUUGAUCAACGAAAACUGCGAUUUGAAAAUCUGCGACUUUGGCCUCGCCCGACUUCAGGAGCCACAGAUGACAGGCUAUGUGUCUACCAGAUACUACAGAGCACCGGAGAUCAUGCUGACAUGGCAAAAGUACGGAGUGGAAGCGGACAUCUGGAGUGCAGGUUGCAUCAUCGCCGAGAUGCUCCGUGGAAAGCCUCUGUUUCCAGGGAAAGAUCAUAUUAAUCAAUUCUUUUUGAUCACAGAGGCUCUCGGAAACCCUCCUGACGAGGUAGUCGAGAGAAUCUCCACCAAGACUACCCUGCAGCUCGUGCAGUCAUUGGGGAAACGGGAGCCAGUUGUUUGGAAAUCCCUGUUUCCGGGUGUUGAUGAUGAUGCUAUUGAUCUCCUUGGGAAGAUGCUCAUAAUUGACCCCAACAAACGGAUUUCCGCUGCAGACGCUCUAAUGCAUCCUUAUAUGGCGAUGUAUCACGACCCCAACGAUGAACCGAUAGCCGACCAAAAGUUCGACUGGUCCUUCAGUGAAGCCGAGCACCCUACAGACGAGUGGAAAAUCAUGAUCUACUCUGAGGUUGUGGAUUUCCAUGAUAUUGGACCUGUAGGACAACCUAUCGUUGAUACCGCCAAUCCAGCUGUGCAAGCUGAACUGCCUAUUAUGGGAGGUGGUGAUCUGCUGAAUACUCCAGAAACACAGGAAUUGCUCAACAAGUCGAUGGAAGCUCUUGACCAGGACAUUCUCCAAUACCUGCAGAUCUAACCCCAACAGGUUACUUGAAUUUGUCAGAGAGGUGCAGGCUCGAGAGAUAUUUUCAUUUCGUCGCCCACAAGAGUCCCCAAGGGCCUGACAUCAUAUCACAUGUUUCCGCCGGUUCUUUUGUCAAAUGAGACUUCGGGGACCUGUCCGUUGGCAUUGUGGGGAACUCUCCUAUGUGCCCCUUACCUAUGCCCAGCCACAAGAGUCACCCAAACAGCG